UGUGGCUCUCUGUAGUGUCUUGGAUUGUACCCAGUGUGUAAGGACAUAAGAAAGGAUUUAGUGCACAUGCGACCUAUGCACUGAAUGCAAGUUUUAAUAAACGUUGUUUUUGCGUUAUUGAUGGAAACAAGAUCAUGUUAUUCUAACAUGAGAGCUGAUUGUGAGUAGCGUCGGAGUGAACGCAAAUUUGCAAGAAGAGCUGGUAAAGAAAAACGGCCUUCAAGUUCAAAGUGCAGAUACAGCUGCUUUAUUACCAGAGAACGGGUUUGGCAAGGCUUGAUGUGGAAAAGGCUAUAAAAAGGACGCAGUGUCGGUUUUGGACUUCUAGUUUAGCAGCCUGCUUUCAGCCACGAUGCCGUCUGAUGAAGUGAACGUGGAAGAGACGCUGCUGCACGCCCCCGAGGAGCUGAAGCAGCACGCGCACGUCCCCAGCCUCGAGAAAUACACCGAGCUCUACAACAAAUCAGUCGACUCUCCUGAGGAGUUUUGGGCAGAUGUUGCCAAAGAAUUUUUCUGGAAGACCAAAUAUACCGGCAAAUUCAUGGACUACAACUUUGACGUGACCCAGGGGGAGAUCUACAUCAAGUGCAUGGAAGGAGCCACUACAAACAUCUGCUACAAUGUCCUGGACCACAAUGUCCAUGAGAAGAAGUUGGGAGACAGAGUGGCUUUUUACUGGGAGGGAAAUGAGCCAGGAGAUGAGAAGAUGGUGACAUAUCGACAGCUACUCCAGCAAGUGUGCAAGUUUGCCAAUGUUCUGAAGUCACUAGGAGUGAAAAAGGGGGAUCGCGUCUCCAUCUACAUGCCCAUGGUGGUCGAACUGGUGGUGGCCAUGUUGGCUUGUGCCCGAAUCGGAGCUGUGCAUUCGAUUGUGUUUGCAGGCUUUUCAGCUGAAUCACUCUGUGAAAGAAUUAUAGAUUCUCAGUGCUGUCUGCUGAUUACAGCUGAUGGCUUUUACAGAGGAGAUAAACUUAUAAGUCUGAAGGUUAUUGCUGAAGAAGCUCUGCAGAAAUGUAAAGAAAAGUCUUUUCCUAUACACCGGUGCAUUGUCCUGAAACACUUAUUAAAGGAUGAAGCAGAGGCGUCCAUGUCACCCCCAGCAAAACGCUGCUGCCCUGACCUCCAGCAAAAGAAGCAGAAAGAAAAUGUAAGGAAGGUUCGUCCCGUCCCCAAGGUGCCCUGGAACCCAGAGGUGGAUGUAUGGUGGCAUACUCUAAUGGAUGGUGCCUCGGAUGAGUGUGACCCAGUGUGGUGUGAAUCCGAGGACCCUCUCUUUAUCCUCUACACCAGCGGGUCUACUGGCAAACCAAAGGGUGUCCUGCACACUGUCAGUGGUUACAUGCUCUACGUCGCUGUAACAUUUAAGAUGGUGUUUGACUACCACCCUGAUGACAUAUUCUGGUGCACAGCAGACAUAGGCUGGAUUACAGGUCACUCCUACAUCACCUACGGCCCACUGGCCAAUGGGGCCACCAGUGUCCUGUUUGAAGGUUUGCCCACCUAUCCCGAUGUCAGCCGAAUGUGGGAGAUAGUGGAUAAAUACAAAGUUUCCAAGUUUUACACAGCACCCACGGCCAUCAGACUGCUUAUGAAGUACGGCAGUGAGCCAGUAAACAAGUUUAAGCGGAAGUCUCUAAAGAUCCUGGGAACUGUGGGGGAACCCAUUAACCCUGAGGCCUGGCAGUGGUACUACAAUGUCGUCGGGGAGAAAAGAUGCCCCAUAGUGGACACUUUCUGGCAGACUGAGACCGGAGGACAUGUUUUAACACCUCUUCCUGCAGCCAUUCCUCUGAAACCAGGAUCAGCAACAUUUCCCUUCUUUGGAGUCGUUCCUGCCAUACUGAAUGAGUCGGGAGAGGAACUUGAGGGACCAAAUGAAGGCUACCUGGUGUUUAAGCAGCCCUGGCCUGGCAUGAUGAGGACCGUGUACAGGAACCACCAGAGAUUCGAGACUACCUACUUUAAGACAUUUCCUGGCUAUUAUGUAACUGGAGAUGGUUGCCGCAGGGAUAAGGACGGGUACUACUGGAUAACAGGCAGGAUUGAUGAUAUGCUUAAUGUUUCCGGUCAUUUGCUGAGUACGGCAGAGGUGGAAUCUGCUCUAGUGGAGCAUGAGGCAGUAGCUGAGGCAGCUGUGGUAGGAACGCCGCACCCUGUUAAAGGAGAAAGCUUAUAUUGCUUUGUCACACUCAAUGAUGGCAUCAACUAUACAGCCACCCUGGAGGCCGAGCUUAAGAAGCAAGUGAGAGAGAAGAUUGGUGCCAUAGCAACGCCUGACUACAUGCAGAAUGCGCCUGGGCUUCCCAAAACCAGAUCAGGUAAAAUUAUGCGGCGUCUGCUACGGAAGAUAGCAUCCAACCAGCAGGAUUUAGGAGACGUAUCCACACUAGCAGACAGUACAGUUAUUGAGCAUCUGUUUGAGAAUCGAUGCUGUACUGCUGUGUGAACAUUAGGGGACACUAUUAAAACCUCUGCACUCCAGGGCACAUGGGUAAAAUGAAAUGUAUAAUUUUUUGCGAAAGGUUACCAGAGGACAUAAUUAUACUGCGAUUUUAUAAUCUUUAGGAAUUGAAAAGAGUGUUUUUCACCAGACCUGUCUGUACACCAAUCAGCCAUAACAUUAAGCCCAGAAUUGUGUAAGUUCCUCUUCCACCAGGGCAGCUGUGGCCCCUUGGGACAUGACUCUAAAAAGGGUGUGAUCCUUUGGGCGCUCUGGGUUUGGGGGUGGGGCCUCCAUGGAUUGAUUUGCUUCUCCAGCUCAUUCUAUGGUUGAGAUCUGGGCAGUUUGAAGGUUGGAUCAAUAACCUUGAUCUAUUUGCCUGCUGAGCCUCAAAUGCUUCCGACUGUGAUGAAGCAUACUGAGUGUUCUAAGACUUUUCUGUCAUUGCCACUAUUUACUUUUUUCAGCUUUUUUUUUUUUUAUGAAUUAAACCAGACAGGCUAGCCUAUGUUCCCCACAGUCAUAGAUGAGCUUUGGGUGCCCUUUGGGUGAUCCUGCCAUUAGUUUCUGUAAUCGGUAACUGGUAUAUAAUUGAUAAUCUUUGUUAUUCUAUUCACCUAAUGGUAGUGUUAAUGUUAUGGCUGAUCUGUGAAUAUUUGUUUAAUAUUGUUUAGCUAUCACAAUUUUUUUCUUUGUAGUCAUUGUAUUUUUUGCCCCUCAGUUGAUGUACUAUUUUACAUCCUUGAUUUGUACUUUUCAGAUAUUUAAUGCACAUACAGGAACUGAGUAUUUACUUAGUUUAUGCACUCAAUCAGGUAGUUUGUUUUUAAUAACAUAAAUUGUUUUCAUAUGCCAAGGAUGAAGAUGGUGUGUUUGAUCCCAAAAAAUUGGAGUUUCUAUUUGUACAUUCUGGUUUAACUGCAAAAAAAAAGAUAUCUUGGCAAGUAAAAAUAUCUUGAAUAUAGAUAAAUUUAUGUAUGCUUUCUUAAAAUAAGAUUACAACAAACCAAAUAUAAGAUAUGAGAACUUUUUUUGUGCAAAUAUUAGUAACGUUUGACUACAAAUAAGCUUAGUAAUCUUUUAUUUGCCUCAUUAGCUUAUUUUAAGAAAUUAUAGAUAGGAUUGGCUAGAUUCAAGAAUAUUUCACUUGCUGAGAUGUCAUUUUUUGCAGUGUCCAAUUAGGAGCCAAGAGUUUGUUUGUUUUUUAUUACAAGACAAAUGUAGCAAAUGUUAAUCCCGUUCUUCUAAGGUCAGGGGUUGUAUCAAGAAAUAAGUCUAUAAACUAAUUGUAUCUUUACUUCAGUAGGUACUAAAAUCGCCUAUAUCACAUGAAAAUUUUAUAAAUAUUUGCAGUGAUCUAUAUAUAAACAGUUUGACAGCAAAAUGAAAAUUCCAUUUUUAAGAAAACCUUGUUAUAUUUAAAAAAAAAAAUUAUGAAGCAAGAAUUAUUGCAAACUGGUAGAGAAUAUUUUGCGCAUGAUUUCUUUGUGUCACAAGGCUGUUAAAAAGUACAAAAGCCAAAAUCUUAAGUUCAUUUGUUUUGGUUACAUCACUAUAAAUUAAAUUACAAAGAUUGUUGAUCAUGAGAAACAUUAUAAGCUAUACAAAAACUUUAGUUUACAGUAUCAUCACCUCCUCCCUUUACUUUUGUACCUGAAGACAACUUGCUGUCAUUGUACAGGUACAGGUGCACCAUCUAACGUCCAUCAGUGCAUUCCCAGUACAGACCUAUUAUCGACACACACCUGUAAGUCAUUACACCUGGAGUGACUGUAAUAGCUGUAACAAAGUCUAAACAUCUUUGUUUCUGGGUUCAAACUGCAUAACAAUGCGAUUGGCUCGUCUCAACUUGUGUGUUUUUACUCUAAUACCUGGUGUGUAUGUGUCAAAUCUUCUAAAAUAACCUUAUGUAGUGGAUUUUAAAUUAAAUAUUUAGUUUUACACAACCUUGUGUGUCAGAGAAAAAUAAUUUGCCAAAAUGAGUGGUAAAAUGGGGUUUAUCAUGUUCUGCUGUUAAACACUUGACCCGAGCUUGGAGCUGUGUGAUUAAAAAAAGGAAGGUUCCUCUUAAAACUGACCUGAGAACAUGACAAAAUAUUUAACUACUGGAUGGAUUAGUAGCGAUUGUUUUUUGGAUUGUGUUAUCUGCAGAUCAUCUAACCGUUCUAAAAUUACUUUAACUACAUAGCAAAGCUGCUGUGAUAUCAGACAUGCCAACUUGGAUCAGACACCAAUUAGCAAAUCUGCCACACUAAGUCUAGACAGUGAGGUUAUACUGUGACAUGAAUACACCGUCUCUGACUUUAUUUUUAUGUAUUUUCAGGUUUUCAUUGAAAUUAUUACAUUGAAAAAAAGAAUAUUUAUCAAAUGGGAAUUGUUUUUGCUAUUAUCUUUAUUUAGCUCAGGAUUUGUUAUUGUGACGAGUAAUUGUUUUAUUGUUGUUUUGUCUUUUACCAGAAAAAAGAAGCUCUUAAUGUUUUAUCUUUUAUUUGUCUGUAUACCCCUUUUUCUGUUCUCUGUGAUUUCUUUUAAAUCAACAUAUUUUGCCAGUUGAUCAAAUAUACACUGGUAAAAUAGUCUUGCUCUGUUUGUCUUUUUAUGCUUAGAUUUAGAACUGCAAACUUUGCAGCUUACAAAUGGCAAUUUAAAUUCUCUCGCUUGAUCAGUCAUUAUAGCAGACAGGGAUG